AUGGCUUGAAACAGGCUCCGCGAUGCUGGUUUAAGAAACUCUCAGACGCCUUACUUCGAUAUAUGAAUGAACACAUGGUGGUAUAUGUGGAUCGACUGGUGAGGCAGGUUCCGUUACCUCCGGUUGACACUUGGGAGCCGUCUAGCCUCAGGUUAGAGGAGGGUAUCUACGAGGGAGAUACUUCUGCUACGGAGAUGUGGUCAGAAGAGUGUCGUAUUUGUCAGGAGGAAUCCGCUAUUAUGAAUCUCGAGAGCCCGUGUGCUUGCAGUGGUAGCCUUAAGUAUGCUCACAGAAAAUGUGUUCAACGUUGGUGCAAUGAAAAGGGAAACACUUCAUGCGAGAUUUGUCAUCAGCCAUACCAAGCUGGAUAUACCUCUCCUCAACCUCCACUCCAAUCUGAAGAAACCACUAUUGACAUUAGUGGAGGAUGGACAAUCUCAGGUAUGGAUCCACACCUCCUGGCAAUCACAGAAGCCGAACGUCAGAUUUUAGAGUAUGAGUAUGAUGAUUAUACAGCUCGUAAUACCAGUCUUGCUGCAUUCUUCCGCAUAUCUGCUCUUAUUUUGAUGACUCUUUUGUUGAGAUGCGCACUGACCGUACCGGAUUAUGCAGAUGGUGAAGAUGAGGACACUUCUUCAAUACUUUCUCUUUUAUUACUCCGAGCUGCUAUUUUUCUUCUUCCUUGCUACAUCAUGGCAUCAGCCAUUAGUAUCUUGCAUCGGCGCCGAAUACAUAGACAGGAAGCAGCAGCUUUGGCAACCCGGGUUGCGUUGGUGCUUAGCUCACGUCGACAUAGAGCCAUGAGUAAUAAUAUAUUUUUCGUUGGAGCCUUGAUUUACUAGUGAAUCAUCUCGUAUGCUGGUGUAAUCUAGCUUCUAUAGCUACAAGAAGACCAUCAGAGGAUCUAUACAGGAAGUUCCUACUACCGCAAGCUAAAAGCGUAACAAAGGAGUGUCCCAACUUAGUGCGGAGCUUUCUUAACGAAUCUAAUAAGAAAGAUUCUGUGUAUGUUACUAUGUUAGAGUUUGAGAGUUUCUGAUUUUGUGCAUUUUGUAUAAACUGAAAAUGUGAAUGUU